GCUAGUGGACGGAUGGUGUACACCGUACAAUGGCGGGACCCCUGGAUGCGGUCAUGGAACUCACAAAAUAUACCCCAGCCUUUAUGCGAAGAAAGCUACUUUCAAGACGGUACAUAUACAUUUGUAUAAUCAUUGCUCUAAGUUUUGCAAGUGUAAUAACAUUUGGUAUUUUUCAAACAAAUUUAAAAACGAACAAGGAACAAAUAGACGUUAUUCGUCAGUGGAGAGAGAUCACACAGGGUGACAGUUUAGACAGCCCAUCAGUGGAAUUCAGAGACAGCAUCCGUAUCGACCAACAUAAAGACACGGGGAAAGUACAUUACAGGAACCUUAAGGAAACUAAAAAAACUGGACACAUCGGUGCCGAAAGUAAGGAUAACAACGAAGGAAACGCUGGUAGGGGACAACCUGUCAACAAACAGGUAGAAGAUACUGAUAAAAAUAAGCUUCUCUUUAAGAAUAAUUUGAAAACGUUGCAACACAAGGAAAAGAAACGAAUGGAUAACAAGCUCGGUCUCGAAAAUCACGUGAAAGAAAUGGAUGUCAUUCCACAUAGUACUGAGAACAAAGACACAAUACAGGAACAUUCUGAAGAAGAACCACAGGAUAAUUUCGGUAAAGAAGGUGCAAUAAAGGAGAAAAGUCAUGAUUCCAACAUGGGAUACCGCCAAGAAAAUGAGGAAGAAAAAGAGAAACAACAUCUCAUUGAUUCAUUGUCACGCUUAUUGGCAAAGCUCGAUGACAAAGAUAUAGACACUGAUUUAGAACAAAAGUUAUUUGCGGAUGUAGAGGAUAGUAAACACCUUCCUGGCUUUGACCCUAAACUUUAUCCACAGAAACUGGAUAUUCCGAAACUGCUGAAUGAUUUCGCUCAGACUGGCGAUCUUCCAGACCAUGCUAUCAAUAAGUGGGCCUUUCAUCCUAUAAUCAACCCUAGCAAUGUAUGUGGUGAACCUGGGGUACAAUCAAAAGUGUUUUUGCUUUUCAUCGUUAAAACAAAACCAGAUAAUUUCGUUAAACGAAGAACCAUACGUAAAACAUGGGCUGAUCCAGUGAGAUUUCCGAAUAUUAGAACCGUUUUUUCUGUUGGAGUUCCAAAAUCAUCAAACACCAUGAAGAAAUUAAAGACGGAGUCGAUGAAGUACAAAGACGUUCUCUUGAUGGACUAUAUUGACUCUUACUACAACCUGACACUCAAGACAACAAGUGACAUCAAUUGGGCGGUAGCACAUUGCAGUAUGGCCGACUUCGUUGUGUCAAUUGAUGACGAUAUUUAUAUGGCCACAGAUCUCCUGAUACAACACCUACAGGACGUACCAAAGACAGAGGCUGAAAGGCUCUAUAUGGGAUACGUGUACAAGGAUACAAUGCCAGUUCGGAAAGAAACCUCUAACGCAUACAUCGAAAAAUGGAUUAUAUCUGAAAAAGAGUACGCUUUUAGUACCUACCCGGAUUACAUAUUCGGGGGAUGUAUUAUCAUGUCAAUGAGAACUGUAGUCGAAAUGUACAUGAUUAUCCCGUACACUAAACCCAUUGUUAUGGAAGAUGUGUACGUUGGUAUUUUAGCAAGUAGACUAGGGAUCACACCCUCACAUACAGAUCUGAUAGAUGUCUACGUUACGUAUUCUAAUACAGAGAAGUUUAAGACUCUUAUUGCCUCCCACUACUACAAGACAUCCCACAUGCUGCGGCAGGCGUGGGAGUGCCACUUGUCUAUAGUAAACAAUGAUGUUGAGAAGGCCGUGUUUUGUUCAUACCUGAAAGAGGAACUUCAGACACUGCGAGACCAUGUAAGCACCAUACUUGAUUGGGUAGAUUUAUCGAAUGACGCGAUUUAGUCAAUACAACCGCUUAUCACGGAACGUGUAUUUUUUAAUGUGAUCAUUGUUAUUAUUUUUUAUUAAUUUUCUAAUAAUUACCGUCUGACUUAUUAAUGCCUAUAUUUCUGUUAACGGCAACCAAAAUUCAUUUUCCUGGUAGUAUUAACAAAGUCUCAUCGAUGACUCAUUUGUUAUUUAUGAAUAUCUCUUGUUUUUAUAAAAUAUAAGUUUGAUGAUCCAUGUUCCUUUCACUUUUACAUUGGUUUAUUUUAUUUCAUAUAUUAGCUUCUUGUUUCUAAGCACAUAUCCAUCUACUUCCAUUUCUGUCAUUUGAAACACCUCUAUUCCCUCUAAGUGUUGGUAUCAGUAUCAUAAAGACCGUGCAAAAUUUGGGAGUCAAAGGUAUUUUUUUUAUAGUUUCCUGACUAUGGAAAAAGUCCAGCAUUAUCAGCACUAAAUUCUGUGACUCCCGCGUUAGUAGUAAACAGAAUAAUUUGUGUUUUAUGACAUCUGUGUUUGCUCCAAGCAUCGAUUGGUUUUGUUUUGUUUGGUUAAGUAUUGUUUAACGUCCUAUCAACAGCUUUGGUCAUUUCAGGACGUUCCAAGCAUCGAAAAUGCGUCUUCGACGGACGAAAUAACUAUAUGAAAUGCGUCAGCUACCAUUUUUGUAUAGGUACAAUCACAUGUUUGUGUUCUUUUAUCUUAACAACAUUUUUAAACAUAUUUGUUUGUAAUACUGUUAAGGUGAUUGGUACCAGUAAGUAAAAAAAAUGCACUGAACAGGUUAAGUCGUGACCUUUACAUUGCGAAGACCACACUUUACCAAUGUUGCUAUACAGGAAUUAUACAAGCGCAGCAUUAAUAUGAAUUUCUAAUUCAAAACAUAUGAAUAAGUUGACAGGGGAGGUAACUCUUGAGUCAGAAAAACUUCUUGUGGCUGCUUCAUCUUUUAUAUAGAAGGGAGAAUACUCUUAGUCUAAACAAAUUUGAUCGGCACUCUUUUUCGCAUUCAUAAAUGAGGCAAUGGUACUCCAUACCUUAAGAAAACAAAUUCAUGUAAAGCAUAAGACGCUUUCCAAAUGUUAUUCGGUAUGUUUUCGCCCUCAUAACAGGAAAUGUUAUAACAGAAUUAUAUCUUAUAUUUGCCAAAUACAGCAUCUAAAGCGGUACUGUACAUGCAGUCUCGAAUUGUUAGUUAGAUGAACGUUAAAAAAACAUGUGAUCCCACUUUAAAGUUGUGUAGUAAAAUUAACCAGAAAACAAUAAUACUGGAUCAUUCACUGUACUAUAUAGCUUAUUCGUCCAUCAAAAACUAGUCGCUGAUGCUUGUAUCCAAGAAGUGGAAAUGCAGACUGAUUUCAUAGUACACAUGUCUAGUUGUGCGUGUGCGUGUGAUAAUACCGGUAUAUGGUUAGGAGGUCGUAUUCAAUUGAUCACAAACUGCAAUAUAUAUAUAUAUCAUUUAUACCAUUAUAUUUAUUUUUAACAUAUAUUUUCAAGACUCUUUCAUUCCUGAAUUCAAAUCUUAAAUGAAAAGAAUAAACAGGUAUCUAAGUGUUUCAAUAACAUCAUGUGCGUAUGUUUAUGAAUAUGGAACAACAAAUAAUGUAAUACACUUUAAAUUUACAAAUUAGGUGGAAAACUCAAUCCUUUUAAAAAUGUAUUGACUAUAAUAUAAUAUGUUGUCUUGUUUCGAUCCUCACUGUCCGUGAUACCGGACUCGAGUGUAUGAAGUUUUGCCAACUUAAUAACACAGUAUUUCUUAAAAUAAUGUCAGCUAAAACAAAAAAUAUAUGACAUGGGAAAGAUCAAAUACGACAACAGUGUAAUAACACUAGUUAAGCUGAAUAAAGCCUGAUAAUUAUAAGUUGCUCUGCAAUUUCGCUAUCUUCAAGAUAUUCAUCUGUGAUGUUAUUAACCGACUUUAAACGAUUGCCGAAAAUAUUGUUGCUGUUAAAAAAAUAUUUCUUUACAAUUUUACAUUUUUUUAUAAAUAAAUAUAUAUAUGUAUGUAUCUUUCUA